CAGCUAUUCUCUACCUCCCGCCCAAACCCAGUCACUUCCUCUCAAACCCAGUCACUUCCUCUGUCAUGGCUCAUGGCUCAACACUACCCAGAAACCUUACAUUGCUACCCACACCCCUCUCAUUCCUCUACCAUGGCUCAGCGGUAGCACGCAACGGCGAUCAACACAGCGGCACACAGUAGAGGCUCACCAAGCUCAGCCUAG